CUCGCUUUACUCUGACAUGGUAUCAGAGCCACGUCGAUUCAAGGCUUGAUUUUUUUUUGUUGAUUAGUGAUCUUGGCGCAGCAGACGGAUCGAAGCAGCAGUCACGUUCGGAAGAAGGUUGCAGCUGAGGGUCCUAAGAUUUGUUCUUGAGGUGUGUUCUUGCGCAGUUGGUGAUCACAAAUCCAGUUGGUGUUUGCGAGAAUGGAUUCGAACAAGGCGGAUACGAUCGCAACUAAGUUUGAUGGGAAAAACUUUCCCUUGUGGGAGUUUCAAUUUCGGAACUACAUAGCAGGUAGGAAAUUAACGUCGGUCUUGAUGGGGGAAUCGAAGGCACCUGGUGCGGACUCUACCCAACAACAGAAGGAUGACUGGGCUGCUCUCAACGCCCAGGUUGUGACCGCUCUCCUGGGAUCGCUGGAUGUGCAGACAGCACUAAGCCUCCGUCGAUUCGAGACAGCUCACGAGAUGUGGAAGCAUAUUUGCGGUACGUACUCUCAGGCGAAUACCUCUCGUUUGUAUGAAUUGGAAAUGGAAAUGGCUAGCCUUGCUCAAGGUGAUAGGGAUGUACGAGGGUAUUAUAAAGAUUGCUUGCACGUCUGGACCGAGUAUGACCUGGUUACAGCCUCGCUGUUGCCUGGGGAUGAGUUAGUUGGGAUUCAGAAGGAAAGGACAAGGACUCGUGUUAUGAAUUUCUUGAUGAAAUUGAGGCCUGAGUUUGAGCCUAUUCGAGCCUCACUAAUUCAUAGAGGGGUUACCAAUCUUGAGGAAGUUGUGGCUGAACUGAUUCGAGAAGAAACUAGGCUCAAAAGUCAAGCACAAAUUGAUCACGGAUCAUCGGAAUCAGCCUUUGCUGUUGGACGUUCAAGUAACUCUACUAGACCCAAAUUUGGCCAACAAGGCUCGGGUGAAGUUGUUUGCCAUUAUUGCCAAGAAUCAGGCCACGUCCAAAUUCAUUGCAGGAAAAGGAACUAUUGCAACUACUGCAAAAAGGCAGGACACAUCGUGUUAGAGUGUCCAACCUUGCGCAAACAAGGCAAACCCAUUCGCUUCCCCAACCAAGGAGCAGCUGGCGCGGGAAACGUGGCUCCUCAUCCUGUUCCUUCGCGUGCUGCAAAGGCAGCCUAUGCUGUGACCACUUCUCAGCCUGCUGAUGGGAAUUCAUCACAAUACAAUGGCGGGUCCUCUUUAACUCCUGAUCAGAUCCGGAAAAUGGUGCAAGAGGCCUUGAAUGAGGCGUUGAACUCUGCCUUUGCUACGGGUGUCACGUCGGGUAAGUAUCCUCGUUGGUUGAUUGAUUCGGCAGCCUUUAAUCAUAUGACCUCUGUUCGCUCUAUGUUUGAUAAGCUACAGCCUGCUGCUAGUAUGAACCUUCGAGUAGCGAAUGGUGAUCAGGUGGCGGUUAAUGGUCGUGGCACCAUCUCUUCUCCUGCCAUUACCCUUCCGGAUACUCUAUACGUUCCUGGUCUUCUCCCUAGUUUGGUUUCUGUUGGGCAGCUGACUGAGGAAGGUUGCAAUGUGACUUUUAACUCAAAUGGUUGUGUGGUACAGGACAAGAGGACGGGGACGGUGAUAGGGACAGGAAGUAAACGGGGACGUCUCUUUGUGCUGGACGAUCUGAAGGAAGCUGCAAUUGCAAAGGGGUCUGAAAGUCCAGGGGGUGAGAGGGAACGUAUGCAUGGGCUGCAUGCACACGUGGAAGAUUCGGCAGCGGCAGUUACGGCAGUGAAGUCCAGCGCAGAGAAGCUGUUCGGGGUUUCGACGGAUUCUGUUGAUGAUUUAGCUAUUAAUUCAGUUGGUUUGCUUUCGAAUAAGAAUAUUUCAGUUUGGGAUUUGUGGCAUUGCCGGUUGGGUCAUCCCAAUUCGGCUAGAUUGUUGACGAUGUUUAGGCAGAACUUAUUACCGGGGAAAUUUGAGCAUUCUGUGGGCUCUCAGUCGGAUUGUGUGAGCUGUAUUGAAGCGAAAGCUUCCCAGAACUCGUUUGAGUCCAGUGAGACAGUUUAUGCAGAAUCAUUUGAUUUAAUUCAUACAGAUUUAUGGGGUCCGUCGCCAGUGACAUCUCGUAUGGGAUAUCGCUACUUUGCUUUGUUUGUAGAUCACAAGACGAGGUAUACCUGGAUUUACUUUCUACGACGGAAAUUGGAAUUGUGUUCGUUGGUUAAAGAGUUUGUUCAGCUGAUCAAAACACAAUUUGGGAAAACCAUUAAGACUAUUCGUUCCGAUACAGGUGGAGAGUUCAUCAAGCAAGAAUUACUUGAUUUCUAUAAGUCUGAAGGCAUUUUGACUCAACUGUCGUGUCCCGGUGUUUCGCAGCAAAACGGGCUCGUCGAAAGGAAGCACAGACAUGUAUUGGACCUCACGAGGGCUUUGCUUUUUCACUCGCAUGUGCCGAGCGGCUACUGGGUUGAGGCAGUUCAUACUUUUAUAUAUCUCAUCAACAGACAGAUCACUCCGACAUUGGGGCAAAUUUCACCGUAUCAGAUGCUCUUUGAUCGUCCGCCCGAUUAUUCUCGUUUGAGGGUUUUCGGCUGCACAUGUUUUGUUCUCUUGCCAAGGGCAGAACGUCAUAAGCUCUCUCCAAAGACUGUUCGGUGUGUUUUCGUUGGGUACAGCGAAAAACAUAAAGGGUAUUGUUGUUACGAUCCGAUCGGCAAGCGCAUGCGUAUUGCGUAUCAUGUGUUGUUCCUUGAGCAUGUUAUGUACUACUCACUGUCUUCCCAGGACAAGCAAUCCCAUGCGGCAUCUUUGGAAUUUUUGAAGUUUGUGCCUGACCUUGUGGAGUUGUCGUUGUCGAGUGAGCAUGGGAGUCAGGGAGGGAAUUUGACACCUGAUGAUAAUGUGACACUUCAUGAUACCUCUCAUACUCCCUCGACGCCAGCUGGUACUUCGGUGUCUACGUCCAGUUCCUCUAGUUCCUCCCAUGAAGGGGAAUCUUCUUCUCCUGCGAAUAGUGGAACGGGCACUAGCUUGAUGGGCAGCAACUCGAGCUCGUCGGGUUCCUCCUCGUCUAGGCUUUCGACAAAUGAGGAGGAUGGGGCAGCAGAUGAAAUUGAAAUAUCAAGUGGAGAAGGAGACGACCAGAAUCAUGGGGUUGUUGUUCCUAGGCGCUCUAGUCGUAGUACCUUGGGACAACCUCCCUUGAGAUUACAUGACUACGUGGGUUAUGCUACCACCCCAAUCUUUAUCCCAACAACUUAUGCACAAGCAGUGGGUCACCCAGAAUGGGAAAAGGCAAUGCAGGAGGAGAGCAAUGCGCUUGAUGCCAAUCAUACGUGGGAGUUGGUACCGAGAACACCAGAGAUGUCAGUCAUCAGCAGUAAGUGGGUAUAUAAUAUUAAAAUGAACCCAGAUGAUACGAUCGAAAGGUUUAAGGCCAGGGUUGUAGCAAGAGGAUUCUUACAGGAGUAUGGAAUUGAUUAUAAUGAGACGUUUGCCCCAGUGGUUAAGAUGCAAACUGUUCGUUGUGUCUUUGCAGUUGCAGCAAUGCGGAAUUGGCCACUGUUUCAACUGGACGUGAAGAAUGCUUUUUUGCACGGUGAUUUAAAGGAAGUCAUAUAUAUGGAGAGGCCACCAGGAUAUACCAAGGGUUCGGCGGACAUGGUUUGUAAACUGGUUCGUUCGCUUUACGGUCUCAAACAGGCACCUCGUGCUUGGUUUGAGAAAUUUCAUGGAGUUAUAGUGCAACUUGGUUUUGAGCAGAGCCAGAAUGACCCAUCAUUAUUUGUUCGGAAUACUGUUGAUGGGAUAGUGGUUCUGCUUAUUUAUGUCGAUGAUAUGAUAAUUACUGGGAGUGAUUCAGAGGGUAUUCAGGAAUUGAAAAGGUCGCUUCAUGGGGCAUUUAAACUGAAAGAUCUUGGCAAUGUGUCAUAUUUUUUGGGUUUGGAGGUUCAACGAUCUUCACAGGGAGUCUUUGUGUCACAGAAGAAGUAUAUGGCAGAUUUACUUGAGACGGCACACUACACAGACUGCAAGCCGUGUACAACCCCAAUGGAACAGAAUCUCAAGCUAACUAGGGACAGUGGAGAUUUAAUGGAAGAUCAGUCCCUAUACCGCAGCUUAGUAGGAAGCUUGAUUUAUCUAACUCAUACUAGACCCGACAUUUCUUAUGCUGUGCAGGUGGUGAGUCAAUUUCUGGGAGUUGCACGGAGCCAACACUUGGACGCAGUUCACAGAAUCCUGCGAUAUCUCAAGCAUACACAAGAAGUUGGCCUAUUUUUCCCUUCAACAGGUGAAGAAGUCCUAGAGGCCUUUGCAGACGCCGACUAUGCAGGAUGCCCUGACACACGGAAAUCGACCUCAGGUUGGUGUGUUAGAGUAGGAAGGUCACUUGUAUCAUGGCGCUGUAAAAAGCAGGAUCGGGUUUCUAAGUCAUCCACAGAAGCAGAGUAUCGUUCGAUGUCAGACGUUAGUUCUGAAUUGGUUUGGCUGCAGAGAUUGCUGAAGGAGUUGGGUGUUAACUGCAAAGUUCCUAUGCAGUUGUAUGGCGAUAAUACAAGUGCGAUUCAGAUUGCUCUCAACCCAGUUUUACAUGAUCGCACAAAGCAUAUAGAGGUCCAUGUUCACUACAUUAGACAGUUGGUGACAGAAGGAAGAAUAUAGUUGAGUUAUCUGUCAACCGAAGAUCAACCCGCAGACAUUUUGACUAAGGCAUUAGCUUCUAGUAGACAUUGGUACCUAUCAGCCAAAUUGAUGUUGCGCACCCGACAUCAAUUUGAGGGAGGGUGUUAAUUUUAGGUACCUUUGUGUAAUUUACCAGCCUUAGUCAUUAGGGUUUUGCAUGGCCUCUAUAUAUAGUGUUGUUUUGUACAGCCGCUUAAUUUCUGUAAUAAAGAUUGACUUUGGAG